CAAAACAAAGCGAGUCCGAGUACGUGUAUGCUUACUUUUUUACGUGAAACAGCGUUGCAUCAGUAAAGUUUGAAAGUUUUUAUAAAAUUUUGGAUGAUGAUUUCAAUUUAUGUGAUUUUCGUAUCGCUACUGUUUGCAUGUAUAAAAUCAGAAUUCACUUCAAAAGACUGUCGAGAGCUUGGAUUUAUUAAAGCUCAAUUAUUUUGCUCAUCAUGUAACAGUUUGGGCGAAUAUGGACUAGACGAGUUGAAGGACCACUGUCGUGAAUGCUGUCAAAAGGACGCCGAAGGUGACGGAAAACUAAAAGUAUACCCAAAAGCAGUAUUAGAAGUGUGUACCUGCAAAUUUGGCGCUUAUCCUCAAAUUCAGGCGUUCAUCAAAAGCGAUCGUCCCGCCAAAUUCCCAAAUCUGACCAUCAAAUAUGUUCGAGGUUUAGAUCCGAUGGUUAAGCUGAUAGAUGAAUUUGGUAGUGUGAAGGAAACCCUAUCGAUCACCAAGUGGAACACUGAUACAGUGCAAGAAUUCUUUGAAACGAGACUGACUAAGGUUUCGGUGGAUGAUUAUCUGAGAACGAACAGAGUAUAGUGUAGCAAAUAACAAAUAAUUUUUGUCAUUUUAUGUGAAA